AUGAUAUCGGGGAAUUUUUUACCAAUAGGUAAUUCGCGUAUUUCAGUAAUCUGGCACAUUUAUAGCGCUGCCGUAUGGUUAAUAGAAUUAAUUCAUACGAUCGCAUUGACUGUCGGAAUUAUUCUUUCACCGAAAGAGAAAAGUCUGAAGGAUGGAACUAUCGCCGUCGUAAUCACUCUGGAAGCUUCUUUUAUGCUUACGCGUCUUUAUUUACGUAAAAAGCUGAUGGAGGAAUUAAUCGAGAAGAUGAACGAUAUCCUGCAAAGUGCGGACGAAAUUAUGGAGGAUAUUGUGAAAUCGGCUAUAAAGCCCAUAACCAUGCCGUUCAUAAUAUAUGGAGUGACUGGUGUGGUAACUGUCGCGAUAUGGACUGUACAGCCGAUUCUAUUGGUUUUCGAAAAGUCUACCUUUUAUUAUGUAGAUUACAAUUUGCCAACCGCUUUCAAUAGUGAACCAUUUUCUAGCCGCGUAUUGAUUUUUACAACCAUUAUUAUGACAAUUGGAAGUAGUUAUUUAUUUCUUAAGAAAUUCGGCGUGGAUGUGUACAUGAUGCAUUUAGUAUUAAUGUUAACGGCUCAAUAUCGAUACACAGCAAUAAAGCUCACAGUAUUGUUUCGAGAUCUACAAAACUGUCACGAUGAAGCUCAAAAAGGACAUUCUAGUAUGGAAGAUCGAUGGACGGAGAGAGAACUAAGAAGGUUAUGUCAUCACCAGAAUAUUGUUUUAAAGUAA